AUGGGCUCUACUUCCAAGAAGGACCAGAAAGGGAGUGAGCUGGCAUCAUAUCCCUCCUUGAACAACAUUGUCAGUGUCGCAGAUUUUGAGAAGGUAGCCGAGAGGUACCUAUCGCCUGCGUCAUGGGCAUACUACUCAUCUGGAGCGGAUGAUGAACUCUGCAUCGAUGACGCUCGACGCUUGUUCAGUAAGAUUGCAGUACGGCCACGCAUUCUCCGCGCUGUAGAGCCAAUCUCUACAGCGACAAAUAUUCUUGGCUAUCCCUCUUCAUUACCCAUCUAUAUUAGCUCCACGGGAAUUGGGAAAUACGCCCACCCUGACGCCGAGAAGAUCAUCUCCUCCGUCACGGGGCAGGAGGGGCUGCCAUAUCUCAUGCCCACCGGUUCUCCCCACGAGGACAUCUUCAAGGCGCGGUCUCGACCAGAUCAGAAAAUAUUCCUGCAGCUCUACGCCAACCGCGACAAGAAGAAAGCGACAGACCUGAUCCACAAAGCUGAGCGUCUUGGGGCUGCUGCGGUGUUCAUGACCGUCGACACCCCGGUCCUCAGCAAACGUGAACGGGACGACCGAGUCCAGGCCGCAGCCGGUGUAGAUACUGUUUCCCCAACAGGUGGGGGAGUGGCCAAGGUCUCAUCAAUGGGCCUGCUGAACCCACUCUUGACCUGGGACGACCUCAAGUGGCUUCGACAGACCACUAAGCUCCCAGUAGUGCUCAAAGGCAUCCAGACUGUGGAGGAUGCAGUGCUGGCACACGCUCACGGGGCCAGUGGCAUUGUCCUCUCUAACCACGGCGGACGUUCCCUGGAUACGGCGCAGUCACCGAUCCUGACAUUGCUCGAAAUCCGCAGGUAUGCGCCUCAUCUGCUGGAGAAGCCGAUCCGUGAUAAGUUCCAGGUCUUCCUGGACGGCGGCUUCCGGCGAGGAACAGACGUGAUCAAGGCCAUCGCGCUGGGCGCCUCGGCCGUGGGGGUCGGGCGGCCUGUGCUGUACUCCAUGUGUGCGGAUUACGGCGAGGGGGGGCUGAAGCGCCUGAUCCAGAUCUUACGGACAGAGGUGACCACCAAUAUGGCACUGGCCGGGGCAAAGAGCGUGGAAGAGCUAGUCCCCGAGCUAGUGAAUACAGAAAGAGCAGAGCGUGAGGUGUCUCGCCGUGUGAAGCUGUAA